AUGGUCCGACCCAUUGCUGUCCUCCGAGAAACAUGGAAUAUUUACACGCCUCUAGAGCGCCGGAACAUUGCCAUUUACAUUGCCGGCAUUAUGAUGUACAAGUUUGGGCUCGAGGCAUUCAACGGAUCAAUCAUCGCACUCGCCACGAAUCGAUACGACGAACUAGAGAAGACGACGCACGUUUCCAUCACAUUUCAACGCGUGGGUGUAUUGACAGGCCUGAACCAGGCAUUUCAGUGCAUAGGGUCCAUCCUGAUUGCACCUCUGAUCAAGCGGUAUCCGACCAAGAACGUGCUAGCUUGCGCAGUGCUCGUGUUUGGGUUCAUGAGCAGUCUCUUACUGAUACUCGAUGCCGCAACUGGUGGUAAAUUCAUGCCGCGCGGAUGGCCCAAAGAUGACUUCAGCUACUACGGCGACUACGAUACGGACGCGAUGAUACCCAUCUAUUGCGUCUGUGGCAUAGUCUACGGUAUGGUUGAACUGAUCCGACGCGUUAUACCUCGGGAUCUCGUGGGUGGCAACAUUCAGAAGCUCCGCCGGAUGGACUCGUUGGUGCACAUCUUCUACGAGACGAGUGGAACAGCAGGUGCUUUUUGCACAGCUCUUGCCCUCAUCCCCCGCCUCGGCAACAACUUUAGCUUCGUCAUCACGCCCAUCUUUUUCGCUGCUGCAUCGAUUCUCUGGUACUUUAUCCACGAGGAAAGCAUACCAAGGGAAGUCCGAGCUUCGGUGACCGAGGGCGAGCCCAACUAUGUCAAGGCAGUGAUUAGUGGCUUCUACCUCUUUUUCGAGUCUGUGGGAACCGGUGCCAAACUCAUCUUCACACAUCGCAAAUUUAUCUGGCUGCUGCCUGGAUAUGCAAUUGCACUUUACGCGCACCGAUACCUGGAGAAUGCCAUUGCGCCUGCAGUUGCGCGGCGGUACUUUGGGAACUCGGCCUGGUCACAAAUCAUGGUGGGAGGAUCGAACUUUGGUGAACUACUGGGGGCGCUGUUUGUCUUCAUGUUCACAAACUUGGUGCAGACGCCGAUACCAUGGCUGCGACUAGACGCACUUGGUCUGCUGAUUGUGUGGUAUCUGCCCUACUGGCGUCCUCCGCGCAACGACGUGGCACAGGCGUGGAUUGUGGCAGCGACCUUUCUGCCCAUCAGCUUCGGAUGGGCUGCGGGUGAUGUGUCUCUGGCGGCAUAUAUCCAGGCGUCGCUUGCUCGAAUCGAGUCCAAGUCGCAGAACGUAUCGGCACUGGGGGCCGUCAUGGCAUUUCUCUACAGCACGUACAUUGUCAUGUACGCCAUUGCAUCUGCGUGCCUGGGAACAUACAUCGACCGCAUCUCGGACCGAGACAACGACGAGAUUCACGGGGCCAUCUUGAACGUGGCGGGCGUGCAGUUUACCAUUAUAUCGGUGUUGGUUAUGGUGAGCACCUUUGUUCCCAAGGGAGCGUUUUCUUUGAAUCCCAAGAUGCUCAGCGAGGAGGUUCUGGACAUGGAUAUGGACGACGAGGACGACGAGGACGACGGCGAGGAGGAUCUGGAGUAUAUCCCUGGCGCUCGGGGUAACAGGAAGGAGAGGCACGACAGCCACGAAUUGGUUAGCGCCGGCGGCGUAAUAACCCCCCAAGCCGACCUCCUCGCCUCAAAAUCAAACUACGAACUCAUCUCUUCAGGCCAGCACCUCGAAAUGGGCCUUCAUUUCAGUACCGCAAUGGCCUCGGGCGUCAUGAUGAAGCGCGCCACGCACCGUGCCGCCGAGCAAGCCCGGCGCGACCGCAUGAAGAACGCCAUGGUUGAUCUUGCCGAGUUUUUGUUAGACGGCGAGGUCACGUUUGGGAGCGGGACGACGUGUUUUGUUGUCAUGAGGGGGCGGGAGGACGAUUGUGCGAGUACCAAUGGUAACGGUGGUGGGAAUGGAAGUAUAGCAGAGGACAAGGAAGACGGGGAGGAUAAGAGUAGGCGGUCGAGUGUUGCAGCGGGAGAAAAGAAGACGGUGAAUAAAGCACGGUUGAUCGAAAUGGCGCUCGAGAAGAUGCGAGCGCAAGAGAGGGAGAUUGAGAUGUUGAGGGCUGAGGUGGAGAGGUUGAAAAUGGGAGCACAGCAAGAGGUGGAAGAUGACGGGGUGCAGAGUAUGGAUACUUCGUAA